CAGAGACAUUAUAGAGCUACUACGCCAGCUCAGCCGAUCACUUCCUGCAGCUUCCGCCGCACUGUGUGAGCUCGGAGUCAGCUGCUGCUAUUUCCUCACUUCCGAGUCCCGGUCGGAGCAGGCGCAGUGCCGGUUGCAGCCAAGGUACCAGAGCUAUAGCUCGGCUGUAGGGGAGGCUCGGGCGUGGACACUCCCCCGUCCGUCUCCUCCGGCAUCUCAUUCAAUGCCUGUGUCUUGGACACGUUGCUGUAUUCCUGCCUGAACAGCGCCGGCAUUAUCCCAGCAGCGCCCGGAGCCGGCAGCACUCAGCAGCAACAGUAGCAGCAGCAGCGCAGCAUGGAUUUAACCGAGAACAGGAGCAAGAAGGUGAAGCUGAACAGCAAGUUGCAGAACUGGGGAAUGCAGCGUUCCACCAAUGUUACCUACCAAGCUCACCAUGUCAGCAGGAACAAGAGAGGACAAGUUGUUGGAACAAGAUGCGGAUUUCGUGGUUGCACUGUUUGGCUAACGGGUCUUUCUGGAGCUGGAAAGACGACAGUCAGCAUGGCGCUGGAGGAGUAUUUAGUGUGCCAUGGUAUCCCUUGUUACACUUUAGAUGGGGACAACAUCCGUCAUGGGCUCAGUAAAAACCUUGGUUUCACCCAGGAAGAUCGAGAAGAAAACAUCCGCCGCAUUGCUGAAGUUGCCAAGCUGUUUGCUGAUGCUGGCCUUGUGUGUAUUGCUAGUUUCAUAUCACCAUAUACCAAGGAUCGUAACAAUGCCCGACAAAUUCAUGAGGCAGCUAGUCUGCCAUUUUAUGAAGUGUUUGUGGAUGCUCCUUUGUAUGUUUGUGAGCAGCGAGAUGUCAAAGGACUAUAUAAAAUGGCAAGAGCUGGGGAAAUCAAAGGUUUUACUGGGAUUGAUGCUGAAUAUGAGAAGCCUGAGGCACCAGAGUUAGUCUUAAAAACGGAUUCUUGUGAUGUAAACGACUGCAUUCAACAAGUUGUUGAGCUUUUGCAGGAAAUGGAUAUUGUGCCUGUAGACGCAUCUUAUGAAGUCAAGGAGCUGUAUGUACCAGAAAACAAACUUCAGCUGGCUAAGACUGAUGCCGACACAUUGCCAACAUUGGAAAUAAAUAAGGUUGAUAUGCAGUGGGUUCAAGUCUUGGCAGAAGGUUGGGCAACACCACUCAAUGGCUUUAUGAGAGAGAGGGAGUACUUGCAGUGCCUUCAUUUUGACUGUUUGCUGGAUGGUGGUGUUAUCAACUUAUCUGUGCCCAUCGUGCUGACUGCAACCAAUGACGAAAAGCAAAGACUUGAUGGCUGCACCGCAUUUGCCUUGGUUUAUGAAGGGAAGCGGGUGGCUAUUUUACGUCACCCAGAGUUCUAUGAGCACAGAAAGGAGGAGCGAUGUGCCAGGCAGUGGGGAACGACCUGCAAGGAUCACCCUUACAUUAAGAUGGUGAUGGAGAGUGGAGAAUGGCUGGUGGGAGGAGACCUGCAAGUCCUGGACCGUAUUUAUUGGGGUGAUGGAUUAGAUCAGUACAGACUUACUCCAGCUGAACUGAAACAAAAGUUUAAAGACCUGAACGCCGAUGCAGUCUUUGCCUUCCAGCUACGUAACCCUGUUCACAACGGACAUGCUCUUUUAAUGCAGGACACCCACAAGCAGCUACUCGAAAGGGGCUACAGACGCCCUGUGCUUUUACUCCACCCAUUGGGGGGCUGGACGAAGGAUGAUGACGUCCCAUUGAUGUGGCGCAUGAAACAACAUUCUGCUGUACUUGAAGAAGGUGUUAUUGACCCAGAGACCACAGUGGUAGCCAUCUUCCCAUCACCCAUGAUGUAUGCUGGUCCAACUGAGGUUCAGUGGCACUGCAGAGCACGCAUGGUGGCAGGUGCUAAUUUUUACAUUGUUGGGAGAGAUCCUGCAGGAAUGCCACAUCCAGCAACUGGAAAGGAUCUGUAUGAGCCUACACAUGGAGCUAAAGUGCUCACCAUGGCUCCCGGCCUGAUCUCCUUGGAAAUUGUCCCAUUCCGUGUGGCAGCGUAUAACAAGAAGAACAAAUGCAUGGACUAUUUUGAUUCCACACAUGCUGAAGACUACGAAUUCAUUUCAGGAACUCGAAUGCGUAAACUGGCUCGUGAGGGACAAAAUCCUCCAGAUGGUUUUAUGGCACCAAAAGCUUGGGAUGUACUGAAGGAAUAUUACAAGACGUUAUAAAAGGCAUAAAUUGCUCUAGCACCUUUGUUUCCCCUUAAACAGACCACAAUGGUGCUUCUUGCUUUCUAUUUUGUUGUGAUUUCUGCCACGUUGUAUGUUUCUGAAAACCAGCAUUUGUAACUCUUUUCUCUUCUGUUUGACUUUUAGGUUAUGCUUCUGUGAGAGCACCUUUCAGAUAUCAAUUUUAAGUCAAAUUGCUUUUUUAAUGCUCAAAACUACCACUGUGUGCUAUCCGUUUUAGCUGUCUCUCUGACAUACCUCUGGGUCGCUGGCGACUAGUUUAGUGCAUGUAUGCUGCUUACCUGUCAAUUGUACUAAAAGAAAUGAGUAUGACAAA